AAUCGCUUCCCCAUCCCAGCCAUAAACACACGUUCUCCGCUGACAUCCACGUUCCCAAAACCAUGGCGGGGCUCAUCUCCCCCAAACCGCUUUCAUACCUCCAGCAUGCUGGGCAAUUCAAUCCUUACCAGCAACAACAGCAGCAACAGCAACAGCAACAACAGCGCCUAGCAGGGUCCGCGCUGUCCGGAUACUCCGAUACGCCCUCCCUGCACCCACACCAGCACAUCAUAGGUCUUCAAGAAGAAAGCAAGAUAUACAACCUCGUUAUCGACCUUACUGAUCCUGCUGCGCGCGAAGCUGCGCUGUUGGAACUGAGCAAGAAGAGAGAGCAGUAUGAGGAGCUUGCGUUGGUGCUCUGGCAUUCGUUCGGUAUCAUGCCGGCGCUGUUGCAAGAAAUAGUAUCAGUGUAUCCUUUGCUCUCCCCUCCGAAUCUCACGGCGCAUGUAUCGAACCGAGUGUGUAAUGCCUUGGCGUUGUUGCAGUGCGUGGCUUCUCACCCUGAUACGAGACAAUUGUUUUUGAAUGCGCAUAUCCCUUUGUUUUUAUACCCAUUCCUGAACACGACUUCAAAAACCCGGCCGUUUGAAUACCUGAGGCUUACAUCCCUAGGCGUAAUAGGCGCUCUUGUCAAGCAAAACGACAACAACACAGUAAUUCACUUCCUCCUCUCAACCGAAAUAAUACCCCUCUGCCUCCGCAUAAUGGAAACAGGUUCCGAACUCUCCAAAACUGUUGCCAUCUUCAUCGUCCAAAAAAUCCUCCUUGACGAAACGGGCUUAACCUAUAUCUGUCAUACUUAUGAGAGGUUUUAUGCUGUGGGGACGGUGUUGAGCAAUAUGGUGAAUCAGCUGGUUGAGACGCAGGCUGUUAGGUUGUUGAAGCAUGUUGUGAGGUGUUAUUUGAGGUUGAGUGAUAAUAUGAGAGCGAGGGAGGCGCUGCGCGCUUGUCUCCCUGAACCCUUGCGCGAUCAGACGUUUAGCGUACUUCUCAAGGGAGAUAUGGUCACCAAACGAUGUCUGACGACUCUCCUAAACAACCUAAACGAGCAGUGAUGCCCAAUACAAAACGACCCACUCACGAAUGAUAAAAUUCGGACUAGCCCCCUGAUUCAAAUCCUCUAUCCUCUAUCUGCUGCUUUUUUCAAA